AUGCAACACCAUCUAUCAAAAGUUCUCCUCCUCCUCCUUCUCUUUUCUUUGAACUUCAAUUGUUCAUACACUCAGACAUGGAUCAAAGCCGGUUACCAUUACGCCGGUGAUGAACUCCCUGCCUCUACCAUAGAUACCGCAUUGUUCACUCACCUUCUAUGUGCUUUUGCCUAUAUAAACUCUUCCUCUUACCAGCUCUCAAUCAACUCCUCCACCCAACAGAAAUUCUCCACUUUCACAAAUGUUGUCAAGCUCAAAAACUCAAAAGUCACAACCUUGCUGUCCAUCUGGGGUGGCAGAGAAGACUAUUCAGUCUUGUUUUCAAUGCUGAACCAAUCUUCUCACCGGAAAUCUUUCAUUGAUUCCUCAAUUAGAACUGCUAGACUUUAUGAGUUUGAUGGCUUAGACCUUACAGGGGCUGUACCAAGAACAGUCAUGCACACCACAUCUUUGGGAACAUUUCUAGAUGAGUGGCGCGCUGCAGUAGAUUCUGAAGCAAGCAAGUCAGGAAAGCCAGGUUUGCUCUUGAUAAUGGCAGUUUAUCAUCAUAUGCAGGUUGUGAAUAAUGAAACUUAUCCCAUUGACUCUAUUAAAAAGAACUUGAAUUGGGUUCAUCUUGUGGCAUACGAUUACUAUCUUCCUAAAAUGGAAAACUACACACACCCUCAUGCUGCUUUAUAUGACCCAAUAUCAAAUGGGACUAACACGAACAGUCGUGUUAAGGACUUGAUAAGCAGAGGACUACCUGCUAGCAAGUUGGUUUUAGGCUUGCCUUACCAUGGUUAUGGUUGGACUGUUCUGAAUCCCAGUAACCAUGUUAGUAAUGUUGGUGCACCGGCAUUAGGUCAUGCGGGGGAAACCAUAGACGGGUCCAUGUCCUAUAAGUACAUCAAAUGGCUCGUUAAGGCAUAUGAAUCUAGUGCAGUUCUCAUGUACAAUGACACUUAUGUAGUGAACUUCUGCACAAUCGGGUCAAUUUGGAUUAAUUUUGAUGAUGUGGAGGCUAUCAAAACGAAAGUUUCGUAUGCUAAAGAGAUGGGGCUUCUUGGCUACAAUGUGUUUCAAGUUAGCAAUGAUGACAAUUGGGUGCUCUCCAGGGCAGCAGCUGAAGAGGAAGGAGGUCGACAGAACAAGAAACAGUUAUUGGUGAUUGUUCUGGUCACGAUUUCUAUGUUUAUUAUCCUACUGGGAACAAUAAUGUGUUACAUGCAAAGGAGAGUACUUAAGUCAAUUGGGAUUGUAGGCAACAUCAAAAGAUCAGUUUAUAGGCUAUUAAAUAUAGUUCCAAGUACAGACAGUUUUGACAGCAAUGCUCCUAAUCUGCAAGUUUUUAGUUAUGCAACCAUCAAAGCAGCUACAAAUAACUUUUCGAGUAAGAAUAAGCUUGGAGAGGGUGGCUUUGGACCUGUAUACAAGGGUACGUUAAGGAAGGGCCAGCAAAUAGCAGUGAAAAGACUAUCGAAAACUUCAAACCAAGGCCUUGAAGAGUUUCAAAAUGAGGUCACACUUACUGCAACACUGCACCAUGUGAAUCUAGUUAGAGUUCUGGGAUAUUGCACCAAGAGGGAAGAAAAGAUGCUGAUAUAUGAGUACAUGCCAAACAAAAGCUUGGAUCUCUACCUCUUUGAUCCAAGUAGAUGCGAUCUUUUGCAUUGGGAGCAACGUGUCCACAUCAUUGAAGGGGUAAUUCAAGGGCUUCUAUAUCUCCAAGAAUACUCAAACUCUACAAUAAUUCACCGUGAUCUGAAAGCUAGCAACAUUUUGUUGGAUGAUAAGAUGAACCCUAAAAUAUCAGAUUUUGGUCUAGCCAGAGCUUUCAGAAAGAAUGAACUUGAGGCAAACACUGGUCGCAUUGUAGGAACAUAUGGCUGUGUUCCCCCUGAAUAUGUAAGAAGAGGCAUUUAUUCCAUGAAAUUCGAUGUUUACAGCUUCGGUGUUCUGCUUCUGCAAAUCAUAAGUGGCAAGAGAAGUUCAUGCUUUUAUGGCAUAGAUGGAAAUCUAAACCUUCUAGAAUACGCAUAUGAGUUGUGGAAAGAAGGCCAAGGCAUGGAUUUUGUAGAUCCUACUCUAGAUGAUUCGACAUCGUCUUGCAAGCUCUUAAGAUGCAUGGAGGUAGCCUUGUUAUGUGUCCAAGAAAAUCCAGUAGAUAGACCAUCCAUGCUGGAGGUUUCUUCGAUGCUCAAGAACGAAAGUGCUGCCAUCAUUAGUCCUAAAAAGCCUGCUUUCUCAGUUAAGGAUGAAGAUGAGGAUCAUAUACACACAUUCAGGGAAGAAAUCUAUUCUGUCAAUGAUGCAACAAUGUCUGAAAUUGUGGCCCGAUGA